UUCGUUCGAGUAUCGGCUGCUAGACUAAGCUCUACACGUGUGAUUUGUGGUAGACUGGUAUUCCUCCCGUUACAGUUCGCAGUUUUCCUUUCAAGCCGUCACCAUGAGUUCUGUGGACGAGAUUCUAGCUAAGGUUUUGGAACCUGAUAAUGAAUCAAUCAGAACGGGAACGGCCGAACUCAAGGAGGCAAUGAAACGGCCAACUAUUUGCCCCACCUUGCUGCACAUUGGGAAAUAUUCCACCAGCCCUCAGAUUAGACAGUAUGCACUUGUCCUGCUACGAAAACGCCUUUCAAAAUAUUAUCAUUGGGAGAAACUGACAGUUGACUUCAAGCAUGGGAUUAAGUCUGGUCUUUUGGAUGCCCUGACUCGAGAACCUGAAAUUAGUGUUCGUAAUUCAGCUGCCCAAGUUGUUGCGUCAAUUGCUAAGCAUGAGUUGGCUGAGAGGAAAUGGCCCGAGUUGUUGGAAUUCAUGCAACAAUUGUGUUGCCAGGGGAAACCCAACGAGAAAGAACUAGGGCUGUACAUCUUAAGCAUUGUGGCAGAUUCAGCUGGUGAAGAAUUCAAGAUCUUCUUGAAGCCAUUUGUAUCCAUCUUUCAUUCGGCUUUGCAAGAUUCAAACACCACUUCUGCAUACUACGCUGGCAUAACUCUGAAAAAUUUGAUUCCAUACAUCGGAACUGAUGAAGCUACAAUGAUCCAGCCACUCAUCCCUAAAGUGUUAAUUGUCGUAAGGAAUUUCAUUGUCAUUGAUGGAGCCAAGGCAGUUAAUUUAAUGGAAAUCUGGGAAGAACUGUUAGAAACGGAAGUUUCUAUAUUAGCCCCUCACUUGAAAGCAGUCACAGAACUCUGCUUGGAAAUAGCUUCCAAAAAAGAGUUGGACGAUGCCAUUCGAAUUAAAGCCCUGAGUUUUAUUGCCACUCUCGCACGGCUCAAGAAGAAGUCAAUGAUCAAGAAUAAACUAGUCAGUCCAAUUCUCCAAACGCUAUUUGCUUUGAUGACUGAGGCCGACGAAGAAGAAGAAGACGACGACGACGAUGAAUAUGACCAGGUGGAAUCGAGCAAGCCUUGCAUUGUUGCUGCUCAAACAUUGAACGAGAUGGCGUUACACUUGCCACCCGACAAGGUCAUCACACCUUUGCUUCAGUGGGCUGAUCCCGCCUUUAAAGGCUCUGAUAUUCGCGCUCAGCAAGCAGGAUACACGGCAUUGGCAGUUGUGGUGGAGGGCUGUGCAGAGCAUAUCCGUACCAAGUACAUGGCGCCGUUUGUUCAAGUCAUCUGCAGCGGCAUCAAACAUCCACAAGCGCACGUUCGUAAUGCCGCUCUCUACGCAGUCGGCCAAUUUUCCGAGCAUCUCCAACCCGACAUUGACAAAUACGCCAAUGACAUCCUGCCCAUUCUCUUUGAAUACUUGUCGGCGACAGUCAACAGCUUGGCCAGUGGUAAAAAAGUGCCACGUAGCGUGGAUCGCGUUUUCUACGCCCUGGAGAUGUUUUGUGAAACGAUGGAAGCCAAACUCAAUCCCUUCGUACCCGCUCUGAUGGAGCAUUUCUUCAUCGCACUAAACCCAGUCUACCCAUUUCAUGUCAAGGAGUUGGCUCUUAGUGCCAUUGGAGCAACUGCCAAUGCGGUCGGGAAAGCCAUGGUCCCCUACUUUGGUCGCAUCAUGGAACAUUUAAAAAUUUAUCUCAGUGGUCAACUGACGGAGGAAGAAAUGCCCCUUCAGAUUCAAGCUCUAGAUACGCUGGGCGUAAUUGCUCGAACGAUUGGCGAACAAACCUUCCGCCCGUUUGCUGACGAAUGUCUAAACUUCACACUCAAUUUGGUUCAAAGCAAGGACGAUCCUGAUUUGCGCAAAUGCGCAUACGGAGUGUUUGCUUCGCUGGCUAGUGUCAUGAAGGAUGAUACGGCUGCUGCCCUGCCGGCCAUUAUUCCGUUAUUGAUGAAGGCCGUCGAGAGUAACGAAGGCGUUACGGUUGCGACAAAAGAUGAUGACGACGAAUCGGCUUUCCCAGCCGGUGAUUUACUCGACGAUGACGAAGACGUCUCGCCCAUGGACAAUGAAGAUGAUGACGAAAGCGAUGGGGCCGGCUACACAGUGGAGAACGCCUAUCUGGAAGAAAAGGAGGAAGCUUGCCUUGCCCUCAGAGAAUUGGCCCUGCAAGCUCGGGGACCGUUUAUUUCUUACGUGGAGCAGUGCAGCGGCCCUGUGUACAAACUAGUCGAUUAUGGCCAUGAAGAUAUUCGCAGAGCUGCACUUUCCGCCCUCACUCAAUUUACCAUCUGCAUUGGAAAACAACCAAAUGGAGAGCAAGCUUGUUUGGCUGCACUUGCCAUUCUCAUUCCUAAGCUUUCGGAAGCGAUCCACACGGAUUCCGAGAUCGAGGUGGUCAAUGAAGCACUGGAUUGCCUCACUGAACUUUUAAAAGAGCUAAAAGGUGUCGUCAUCAAAUCCGAAGGUCAUCUGGACGCUGUUCUCAUGUGCGUCAAGAACGUCUUCAACAAAGCGACACAAUGCCAGAUGAUGGAACAAGCCGAAGAAGGCAAUGAAGAAGAGGAUGAUGUGGAAGAUCCCGACUCGGAAGCUAGUGAGAAAUUGAUCGAAUACGCCGGAGAUGUACUACCCGCUUUGGGUAACGCAAUGACACCGCUAGAGUUUGCACCCUACUUCGCAGGAUUGUUGCCGUCUAUUCUUCAAAGAACCAAAAAGCAUUGCACGAUUGCGGAAAAAUCUUUCAGCGCCGGUGUCCUUGCGGUGUGCAUGGAACCGCUGGAUGGCGUUCUGGAACCCUUUGUACCGCAUCUCUACACGACCUUUACUACCCUGAUGCGGGAUUCGGAUAGCGAAGUGCGGAACAAUUCCGUUUUCGGAUUGGGAGAACUUGUCCUACACGGACGUGAAUUGCUCUUCCCAAAUUUCCCGCAAAUACUUCAGAUUUUGUCCAAUGCACUAUCGCGCGAGACUAACCCGCUUGCGCUGGAUAAUAUUUGCGCCGCAAUCACUCGAAUGAUCAUCGUCAACAUUACUGCAGUACCCAUGGAUCAGGUGUUCCCAGUGCUGAUGAGUCAUCUGCCGUUGCGGGAAGACUUUCACGAGAACUCUUCGGUGCUGAAAUGUUUCCUUUUUCUGUUCUCUAAUGGUCACCCGCUCUUUGCAUCACAUUUGCCUCAAAUCAUGAACGUGAUAUUAACGAUGGCCACACAACAGGAACUCCAACCCGAGCAAAAACCCAUGAUCAAUGAGCUGAUGGCGCACAUCGCAUCCGGGUUUCCUGAUCUGUACAACGGAUGGGCGUCCGCUCUUCCGGCCGAAGUGCAACAAAAGUUGAAAGAGGUUUUGGCUUAAUCAGUGGAAAAAAAAUGUAUAACUCUUGAAUCAUCCUCCCCUAAAAAAUUCCAACCUCUUGUUUGGUUAUUAUCAUUUUGGUUAAUUUUGUAAUCUGUUUACGAAUUUUGGAGUUGAAGUUGAAGUUGCCGAAGGAAAAGAAUCGAGGAAAUGUGACCGAACGAAGACAAAGUUCCGUGUACGGAUCAGAAAUUCGUGUAUUACUAACCACUCCCAUUCUUUAAAAUAUAAAAAUAAAUUAAAAGAGGUUUGUGAUAA